UGAAGUGAUUAGCGGCAGUCAACUCCGUACUCAUUUGCCGCGGGUUCUUUCUAUGAAAAAUUCAUCAUGUCAAAGGAAUACCUCCAGGUUCCCUCCAAUGAUGACUUAUUCGUCGACGAAGAGCCAAUUUCCCACUCUCCAUCUCAUCCCAAAAGAGAUUUCAUGGCACGCUAUGGAGGCUCGAUCGGGUCGAUGUGUUUCCUGCUCCUAGUUCCAUCUAUUUUGCUCAAUGCUGUUCUUAUAGCACAAAAGAAUCGGGCUGUAAUGCCAUGCAUCAUCGAAUCUACCUAUUCUUAUAGUAUGUUUUUACCUGGGGUGUCGAUAGCAUAACACACGCUUAUGAAGGAUGUCAUAGGCCAUAUAACUCAAGACACGCCACUGGUGUUUCAUUCAACUUCGGAUUAUUGGGGCGAAAACGAGACACUCGCAGAUGAGCUUUGGGAAUCUAUCAAUAUCGACCCUAUCACUGUUGCUCUUUCGCCAGAAUUUGUCGAACAGCAUGGUCUAGCAGAAUCAGCAAGAUUCCCGUGGGAUAACGACAAGAGGACGUAUAUCCUGAAAGGUUUUCAUGACCUGCACUGUCUUGUAAGUCUUUGCGGCCCAAUAUGAAUCUCUUACUGAAACCGCUCAGAAAUCGAUACGACGGGCAUUUGUCGACUUGCAGCGUGGUGUUGACACAAAAGCAGACUGGUUUCACAUGUACCAUUGCCUCGACGCGUUGAGACAAGACAUCAUGUGCUACGCUGACGACACUCCUAUGCCGAUCCCAGCAGAUGUCAAAGACAUUGGAGAUGGUCAAGUCAGGCAAUGUCGCGAUUGGAACAAACUGACGGCCUGGGCUACUGCUCCAGAGCAAAAUGCUUGCUAUAGGCAACUUAGCGAUUACGACCGGGUAUUCCACCCUCUUGAGAGAUUUUCGUAUUGUCCCGAGGGGUCGCCGUAUUAUGACAUCCAAAGAGAGUAUUUUGAGAAGCAUGGCCACGUGGACCCGUUUCAACCGUGAACGAACUACACUAAGGCAAGGGCGGAUGUGGAAGUUUGGUUGUUUUACUCUCUAGUUACUUGGUUAUGUUCACUUCUGGAUAUCUCGGACAGUCGUGUUCGCGCAUAUCCUUUCCUCAAGUAAUUUGUAACUAUAAUUCAAAUUCCAU